GGGUCAAGGGUCAACGCAGAAGUGAACUGGACCACAUAUUUAAGGUUCUGGAGGAGAAGAUCAGUGCGUUUAUGAGGGACGAGCUGAGGAGGUUCUGUGACGUUCUGAGCUCUGAGUCUUCAGUGCACGUGACGGAGGGGGGUGAGGAGAGGCAGAGGAGCAGCGAGGCCUUCCUCAAGAUCACUCGCUUCUUCUUGCUCCAGAUUGGAGAGGAGGAGCUGGCCCACCGGCUGCACAACCAGAUACAUUAUCCUGAUGUCUGUCGGCACAAACUCAAGGCCAACCUGGGGCGCAGGUAUCGGUCCGUGUACGAGGGCGUGGCCAAAGCAGGACAACCCACCCUCCUGAAGAACAUCUACACAGAGCUUCACAUCACAGAUGGCAGCACCGCAGAGGGAGAGAGCAACACAGACCUCACCCACAGCCCACACACAAGCAUCACACUGCACGACAUCUUCCCAGACUCCAGCCACCAGAGUGAGCCAAUCAGGACUGUGGUGAUGAAGGGCGUGGCCGGUGCGGGGAAAACACUGUCAACUCAGAAGUUCUGUCUGGACUGGGCUGAAGGCAGGGCCCACCAAGACAUCCAACUUCUGUUUCCACUCCCGUUCAGAGAGCUCAAUGUGCUCAGAGACACACAGUUCAGCCUGGUGGGACUGGUCCACCACUUCUUCAAUGAAACCAAGAAGACGCGCCUCCAGAGCUUCAAAAGCCUCAAGGUGCUCUUCAUCUUGGACGGUCUGGAUGAGAGCCAGAUCUCUCUGGACUUCAAAAGAACCAAAGCUGUCUCAGAUGCCACAGAGAGUGUGUCCAUGGACGUGCUCCUGGUCAACCUCCUCCGGGGCAACCUGCUCCCCUCUGCUCACAUCUGGAUCACCACAAGACCUGCAGCAGCCAAUCAGAUCCCUGCUGAAUGUGUUUCCAUGGUGACAGAGGUCAACGGAUUCACCAACCCACAGAAAGAUAAAUACUUUAGUUUGAAAUUCAAAAACCAGACCCAAGCUAACGCCAUCAUCUCGCACGUCAAGGGCACCAGAAGUCUGUACAUGAUGUGCCAGAUCCCGGUCUUCUGCUGGAUCCUCAACACUGUCCUGCUCCAUGUUCUGAAGACGGGCACCCUACAGCAGCUGCCCCAGACCCUCACCGAGAUGUACAUUCAUUUCCUGGUGGUGCAGACUAAACUCAAACGCCUCAAAUACGAUGGCCAUUCUCAGACGGACACUGCCUGGAGUCCAGAGACCAAGAAGAUGGUGCGGUCUCUGGGAAAACUGGCCUUUGAGCAGCUGCAGAAAGGAAACCUGAGCUUCUACGAUUGUGACCUGAACAAGUGUGGGCUGGACACUGAAGCUGCCUCAGUGUACUCCGGAGUGUUCACUCAGGUCUACAGGGAGGAGUCCGGACUGUACCAGGAAAAGGUUUACUGCUUCGUCCAUCCGAGUGUGCAGGAGUUUCUGGCUGCUCUUCACGUCCAUCAGACCUUCAUCAACUCUGGGACCAACCUUCUGUCUGAGGAGCAAACAGUGUCUAUACGCUCAGUGCUUUUUGGCAACAGCUCAGAGAAGUUCUACCAGACUGCUGUGGACAAGAUGUUACAAAGCCCCAGUGGAGACCUGGACCUGUUCAUUCGCUUCCUCCUGGGUCUUUCUCUGCCUUCGAACCAGAAUCUUCUCCAAGGUUUGGUGAAACACUCUGGCUCUAGUGUUAAGUUGCCUCAGAAGAUGGCCGAGUACAUCACGCAGAAGCUGGAGGAGGGCUUAGGUCCGGAGAAGAUUAUGAGCCUGUUCCACUGUCUGAACGAGCUGAAGGAGCGCAACCUCGUCGAGCAGAUCCAAGCGCGCCUAAGCUCAGGGAGGCCCAUUAGAGAGAGGCUGUCCCAGGCUCAGUGGUCCGCACUGCUCUUCAUCCUGCUCUCCUCAGAUCAUCUAGAGACAUUUGAGCUGAAGAAGUACUGUGCCUCAGAAGAGGCUCUGCUCAAGCUGCUGCCAGUGGUCAAGGCCUCCUCCACAGCCCUGCUGAGCAGCUGUGACCUGACAGAGAAGAGCUGUGAGGUGCUGGGUAAGAUGAUCAGCUCUCCGGACUGUGCUCUGACAGACCUGGACCUCAGCUACAAUCAGCUGAGAGACCCAGGCCUGAAGUAUCUGGCCCAGGCCCUGACGAGCCCCCACUGCAGACUGCAGCGGCUCAGAUUGGCGGGCUGUCAUGUGACUGAAGUGGGCUGUCUGUCUCUGGCCUCGGCUCUGAGCUCACACCAGACCCACCUCACCCUGCUGGACCUGAGCCAAAACCACCCCGGCCCCUCUGGAGUCAAGAAGCUGUCUGCCCUGCAGGGGGCGCCCGGCUCCAGACUGGAGAGCCUCAUACUGAGGCCUGCUGGACCCCAGUGGCUGAGACCACGGAUCAAAUAUUUCACACGGCUCACCCUGGAUCAUACCACGGCAUACCAGUGCAUCAAGCUCUCUCAAAACUCCACCAAAGCGUCUCAUGUGGAACAAGAGCAGGCAUACCCUGACCACACGGCCCGCUUCGACAAAUGCCCCCAGCUCCUGUGCUCGGAGGAGGUGAAGGAGCGCGCCUACUGGGAGGUGGAGUGGUCGGGGCCCGUGGUAAUCGCCGUGUCCUACCGAAGCCUCGCUCGUAAAGGCAACACAGCAACUUGUGGCUUCGGCCUGGGCCCGGACUCCUGGUGUUUGAGUUGCGGCCAGGGGACUUACACGGUUACCCACAAGGGCAAGCGCUUGGACCUGCCUUAUUCGUCGUCGUCAAAGGGUCGGACGGCGGUGUAUGUGGACUUUCGAGCUGGUUCCGUGUCCUUCUACGCCGAGUCGUUAGAGGAGCUGGUUCACCUCCAUACCUUCACAGGCACCUUCAUCGAGCCCGUGGUGCCCGGGUUCAGACUGCUCUUCGGUUCCACCGUGAGGUUGUGUGACCUGCUGGAAGAGGAGCCAUCCUACGUGUAG